AUGCCGACAAUAGCUCAAGCUUUUGUAGUCCUGAUAAUUUUUUUGUUAAUUGUUCAGUUUUUCAAACUGCGGAAGGCUUGCAAGCAAUUCCCUCCUGGACCCACUCCUCUCCCAUUGCUUGGAAACUUGGUGCACCUGAACUUUCAGUUUCACCGGGAUAUUCUGAUGGAGCUGGCAAAAACUCAUGGUAACAUAUAUACUUUGUGGUUUGGGUGGACCCCAGUGAUCAUACUGAAUGGAUUUCAAGCAGUGAAGGAUGGCAUGACCACGCACCCUGAUGAUGUUUCUGGGCGGAUGGUGUCGCCUUUCUUCAGGGCAAUGGCCAAAGGAAAAGGUAUUAUAUUGGCAACUGGUCGCUCCUGGAAGCAGCAGAGACGCUUUGGAAUAAUGACUCUACGCAGUUUGGGAAUGGGAAAGAAAGGCCUGGAGCAUCGAGUGCAAGAGGAGGCCUCUCACCUGGUGGAGUUUUUUAUGAACCUAAAAGGAAGACCUGUGGAUCCUUCUUUCCCUCUUUUCCAUUCUAUUUCAAAUGUGAUUUGUGCUCUAGUUUUUGGAUAUCACUUCUCUGAUGAGGACAAAACCUUCCAUGAAAUGAUCCAUGCCACAGAGAAUUUAUUCAAAUUUGCAGGCAGCUUUUUUCAUCAGAUGUACGAAAUCCUCCCUUGGCUGAUGUGCCGUCUCCCUGGGCCUCAUAAGAAGGCAUUGGCUUGCUAUGAUGUCCUGAGUUCUUUUGCAAGAAAGGAGGUCAGAAGACAUGUGGAGAGAGGGAUACCAGCUGAGCCACAGGAUUUCAUUGACUUUUACCUGGCUGAGAUGGAGAAAUCAAAAGAAGGGGUCAAGCCCAAGUAUGAUGAAGACAAUUUGGUCCAUGUCAUAAAUGAUCUUUUCCUCGGCGGAUCAGAGACCUCAAGCACAACAUUGUACUGGGGACUGCUCUAUAUGGUCGUGAAUCCAGAUAUCCAAGAGAAAGUGCAGAAGGAGCUGGAUGCUGUUCUGGGUCCUUCCCAGUUAAUUUGCUAUGAGGACCGGAGAAAACUGCCCUACACAAAUGCUGUGGUCCAUGAGAUUCAGCGCUUCAGCAACAUUGUCUUUGUGGGCCUGCCCAGGCUGUGUGUGAGGAACACAACACUGCUAGGAUUCCCUGUCAAAAGGGGCACCAUCGUUAUACCAAAUAUAGGAUCUGUUCUGUAUGACCCUGAGCAAUGGGAGACACCUCGACAGUUCAACCCUGGCCAUUUUCUGGAUAAAGAAGGAAACUUUAUCCCUCGAGAAGCUUUCUUACCAUUCUCAGCAGGGCACCGUGUGUGUUUGGGGGAGCACCUAGCGAGGACCGAGCUCUUUAUUUUCUUUGCCAACCUGCUGCGGGCUUUCACCUUCCAGCUCCCCGAGGGAGUGACAGAGAUCAACACAGAGCCCAUUCUGGGGGGUACCCUGCAGCCCCACCCAUACAGGGUUUGUGCCAUUCCACGCUAGGCUGCAGCAGUCACAGACCAGCACGAGACAGCCACCUUUACCUCUGUGAAUUUCCUCUCAAUGUAUAAACCUCCUUCUACUAGCCAGGAUAUUGAUAUUAGUCUAUCCCAGAGCUACUCAGAAAGUGGAUGCAAGCCAUGAUCCAGACCGUCAGUACUUUUGGUCUGGUCUUUGUGAAAGUCACAGAUAUUCUCGCAAUGAUCUUAACCAAUUUCUCCUGUCAGAGAGCAAGUGAUGCCAGAUGCUAAGGUUCCCAGCUGAAGCCAACAUGCUGUGUCCCCUGUCCUGGCCAAGCAAAACCAUCCUCAUGCUCAGUCCUCAGUAAAAUUCAACAGAGGAUCUCAGCAAGAGCUGAGUAGGUUCCAUUCCUGUGAGUGGUCUGAUAACCUCAUGUAAUUUGACUCUGAAAAACACCCUUUUAAAGCCCUGUUUUGGUUUUAGUGUCCUGAACUUAGACACUUUAAUUUGUUGACAUGUUGCAAAUAAAAAAAAACAACAACAAAACCAAACCAACACCCAAAUUCCAGGAAACACAUUAGAAUGUGGGUAAUUCAUGUUUGAAUUUGAUGUUAAGUAUUUUCCACGCACAAGGUAAAAAGACUCAUC